AAAUCGCAGGCAACCGCGGCACACACACUCUGUGAUCCUGCAGUGCCCUCAAGGGCUGGAACCUCUCAUUCUCUUGCGUCUUGUUUCUCAGGAUUGCAGGAACCCUGGAUCUCAACCUUGUUGUUCAAGAUCAGGAUUCGAACUUGGGAAGCAGUAUUGCAAAUGUCAACACCUGAACCAAUCAAGUCCGAGAGGAAGCUUAUCUACCCACAAAUGUAGUGACACAUGGGAGAUGCUAUGACAAAGCAUGCCUCUCUCAAUGCUAGUAUUGUUUGAGAAUUGUGAUCCUUCUCAGAGCCAAAUACAAUGGAUGUCAUGUACUCCAAGCUUCAUGAGAAGUACACGAAGUUGAAGGCAAGGAAGUUUUCUGAACUGGAGCACUAUGUUCAGGAACAGAACAAGAAAUUUUUGAAUUAUGUAGCAGCAGCGGAGGACUUGAUGGAGCAACUGAAAAGGGAAAAUGAGAGGUUACAAGCACAAGUAGAUGAGUUGAGGGCCUUAAUGUCUCCUGAUGGGUCUGAUUCUGUAGAACACAAAUAUGCAGAAUGCCUGGAUCUUUUGAUGGCAGAGAGUGAAAAAAAAAAAAAACUUUAUGAAGAACUUGAGAGGCUUAGGAAUUUACUAGAGAAGCAAACACCUUGUGGUGUAGAUGAUGACGGGCAUGGCACCAAGAAGAGAAAAUCUCGAUCUGCUAGGGACCUGCAAGGUUCAAAAAUUCUAUCUAGAUGUGGUGAUGAGCAUGGCACCAAGAAGAGGAAAUCUGGAUCUUCCAGGGACCUGCGAGGUUCUGAGGGAUUUGCUACUCAGGCAGAGGCAAUCAACAUUACACAAACUCCCAAUGUCCGAGAGGACUGUAUGGGGAGUUUUGAACCAGGAGUUCUGUGCAAAUCUACCACAUCUAUAAAUGGUGGCAAAGAGAAUUGGCAGAUUGGCUGCCGGGAGGAGAAAAUGACAGGCACAGGAGAUGAAGUUACAAAUUCUCAUCAUGCGAAUAACUUGUUUCAAAUGUUAUUGGAAUGUUUAGCUGGAAUGAGUUUCUCAAUUGUUAACAAGGGAGAAGAUGUGGAACUUUCAGUUCUUCACCAAGCAAGCGGUUAUUCUUUCAGUUUGACUUGGGUUAGCGGUGGAGAAGAAACAGAGGCAGAGCUGUUGUAUCGUUUAUUGUCACUUGGUACACUAGAGAGAGUGGCUCCGGAAUGGAUGAGGGAAGAAGAGAUUAUAUUCAGCACGAGCAUGUGUCGACUUUUCUUCAAGAAGAUAUUGCAGGUUGCUGGUGUUCUAAUGUGAUACUCCAACUCAUUGUUUUACCAUGUUCAGUGCUAACUCUUUUAGAUAACCUUAGUGGUCUUUUUGGGGCUGCCAAAUGAUGCAAGGGCCUUCCUUUUGGAAUU